UGGGGUUCGCGAAGGUGGUUAGGUUUACCAUUUGUCCGAUGAUUGCUGUUGUCGCCUUUCGUGAUUCCGGAGGUUCGGUUCGUUGAGAGAAAGAGAGAAAAAGAGGGAUAGAGGGACGGACACAGGUAAAUGAAAUUUGUCCUUCGAUUUGAAAACUCAACUAAGCCAACUUAGUCAAACGAAGGGAGAAGAUAGAGACUCGAAGAGAAGUCUGGUAAAGGGAAGAGAAAAAAGGAUAGAGAUACGGAUAGAGAGAGAGAGAGAGAGAGAGAGAGGGAGAGAGAGAGAGAGAGAGGGAGUGAGAGAACGUGAUCGAGAGCGAGAGUGAGAGGGGGCGUUCGAGUAAGCCAAAAGGGAGAAGGGCCGAAGAGCUACGAAGCACGAUGUUGAAUAUCUGUCGUCAAGCUUUUAUUACGAAUAGCCAAAAAGUAGGUACAAGAUGCCUAGGAUCUAUAGUGCCUAUACCGAAUCCUCCAGACUUACCAUUGGAGAACGAACCUAUUCUAGGUUACACAAAAGGAAGCAAGGAACGGGCUGAGUUAGAAAAGGUCUUGGAUGAAAUGGCAUCCGAAUGUACCGAAGUACCAUUAGUGAUCGGUGACAAAGAGAUCAAGACGGAUUUAUGCAAAUAUCAAGUCAUGCCACAUAAUCAUAAAGCUAAACUUGCUAAAUAUUAUUGGGCCACGCCAGAUUUAAUACAGAAAGCUAUAGACGUUGCUGUGAAAGCUCAAAGGGAAUGGGAGAAGUGUCCUAUUGAAAAACGAUUGGAAAUAUGGAUAAAGGCUGCUAACCUCAUGUCAAAGAAAUAUAGACAACACUUAAAUGCUGCCACUAUGCUCGGACAGAGUAAAUCAGUUAUUCAGGCAGAGAUCGAUAGCGCCGCUGAAUUAAUCGAUUUCUUCAAAAUACAAGGAUACUUUGUUAAGGACGCUUUGAAGUAUAAACCAAUUUCACCGACCAACACCGUAUUGAAUUCGUUGAGGUAUCGCGGAAUGGAUGGUUUUGUUGCUGCUGUAUCACCUUUCAAUUUUACCGCUAUUGGUGGUAAUCUUAGUUAUACUCCAGCCUUAAUGGGAAAUGCAGUUUUAUGGAAACCAUCAGAUACUGCUUUGCUUUCCAAUUGGUGGAUCUUCAAAAUAUGUAGAGAAGCUGGUGUACCACCAGGCGUUGUGAAUUUUGUUCCUUGCGAAGGUCCGGUUUUUGGAGAUACGAUAACUGCCUCUCCUUACUUGUCUGGUAUUAACUUUACCGGAUCAGUACCGACAUUUAAUCGUUUAUGGAUGCAAGUUGGAAAAAAUUUGGCAAAAUACAAGAAUUAUCCAAAAUUGGUAGGAGAAUGCGGUGGUAAGAAUUAUCACUUCGUUCAUCCAAGUGCCGACGUACAAACGGUCGUUAUCGGGACAAUAAAAAGUGCUUUCGAAUUUAAUGGUCAGAAGUGCUCGGCGUGUAGUAGAAUGUAUAUUCCUGAAUCUUUAUGGAGUAAGAUAAAGGACGGUCUUUUAUCUACACGCGAAAAACUUAAAAUAGGCGACGUUAGAGAUUUCUCUAUUUUUGCUGGAGCCGUUAUCGAUGCCGUGGCGUUUAAGAGAAUUUCUGGUUAUAUCGAGCAUGCUAAAAAGUCUAGUGACUUAGAAAUUAUCGGAGGUGGCCAAUACGACGACAGCGUUGGAUACUUCAUCCAACCGACGAUAAUAACGACAAAGAAUCCAAAUGAAAAAAUCAUGACGGAAGAAAUAUUUGGACCUGUAUUAACCAUUUAUGUUUACAAAGAUUCGAAACUCGAUGAAACGAUGAAAUUGGUCGAAUCUUCGACGCCUUAUGCAUUGACAGGAGCGAUAUUUACUCAGGACGAGCAAUGGGCGAAAAGAGCAUUGGAAGAACUCAAAUACACGGCAGGUAACUUUUAUGUAAACGAUAAAUCGACUGGUUCGGUUGUUGGCCAACAGCCUUUUGGUGGUAGCAGAAUGUCCGGUACGAAUGAUAAAGCCGGUGGUCCUCAUUAUGCUCUACGUUGGGCGUCACCUCAGGCAAUUAAAGAAACAUUUGUUCCUUUGAAAGAAUAUGACUAUCCGUACAUGAGGUCGUAAACACUCGAGUAUUGUCUAAAUAUCGAUUUAAAUAAUAUAAUAAUACAAGUAUAGGUGCGCGCGCGUAUCGCUGAGCGAUUAUAUCGCACUUCUAAUUGAGAUGCGAUGCCGAAUGUCUAUAGUUGUAAAAAUAACGGGAUCGUCUCGUGCAUUUCUUAAUGUGGAUAAGUUUAAAUAUACGAGUAAAUAUCGCUAGUUAGACUUGCGAGGCAACCUCGAUUUGUUUUCGGCGUAUUUAAAAAUCAAUUUUUUGAAGGCUGUAAAUGUAAAUAACAAAGUAUGAUCCUUAGAAAGAGAGAGCGAGAGAGAGAGAAAGAGAGAGCGUGAGAGAGAGAGAGAGAGAGAGAGAGAGAGAGAGUUAUUACGUGUAUGUAGUUUAUGCCUACAUAGAAUUACGUUUAUAAUACGUUUACAGACUUUGAUAAUAUAUAUAUAUAUAUAUACACACACACAUUCACACAUAUAUAUUAUAUAUAUACUAUAUAUAUACAUAUAUAUCAUAUAUAUUAUAUUAUAUAUAUUAUAUAUAUAUACAUAUAUUACAUUGUCGAUUUUGUGUUCUGCAAAACGAGAGAAAUGAAUUCUUUUACGUUCAAAAUAUUUUAGUAGACAUAGAAAUAUCGGUUCGAUGUGUUCUCUAAAAUAAGCUUCGAUAAUGCCGUUAACAAAGCGUAUAAAUGUGAUUUAUAUUAUUGCAUGUAAUUUAGAGCUUUCUUAUAAAUACAUCAACGCCUCAGGAAAAUAUCACAAAGUGAAUGAAGAUGUUUAAGGUAGCCUUAUUUUCAAAGUUACUAUAGUUCAGGACACGAUUCGUGGGUCAGAAAUGAGUAUACAUUAUAACGUUUAUAUCAUGCGAAAGAGAAAUACAGAUUAGCUGUUCGAAAUGAUUUUCAAAUUGCUCGAAUGAACAAUUAUUAAAUUAUUUAUCUUUGUUCUUUUUGUUUUUUUUCGUUUUUUUUUGUUUUUUUUUUCUUAUUUUCUGACGUACGAAGUAAAUAUGAUAACAGGAUUCGUAUGCGACGGAGCUUUAUUCGUAAGCAUUGUUAAAAUUUUCUAAUUAUAAGUCAUACGUUAUAAAAAUCGAUUAUUUAAUCGAUGUGUUGUAGUAUUUUUAUUAAUUGGUUUAUAAUUAUAUAGAAUUUAAAAACGACACAUCUUUUUAGAGCAUUUAGAUACUGCUGUUAUGUAGAAAAUUUGUGUUGCUGAUAUAUUUAUAUGAUAUAUUUAUAUAUAAACAUGUAUCAUGUGUAUGUAUAUACAUAUACAUAUAUGUAUGUAUGUAUGUAUGCAUUUCUCAAUAUGUAGUUCAACGAGCAAUUGCUAGUGAUACUUUAUUCACAGAAUCACUUUGGUAAUCUGAACAGUUAGAAUAUAUAUAUAUAUGGCUAAUAGUUAUUGGAUAUAUCAUUAAUACAAUGUACAACACAAUAUAAUUUGUUUUCUUAUAUGAUCGGCGCCUUUUUUGUGAUAUAAUUAUAAUUAUAAUUAUGAUUAUAAUUAUUAUUAUUAAUAUUAUUAUUAUUCUAAUUAUUAUUAUUACUAUGAAAUAGUAGAUCUAUGUAAAAUAAUAAUUCCUAUAAGUCUUGCACCGCGGAAAGAAAUUUCUGUAAUCGUUAUGCAACUGUUGCUUGUCUUGAAUGUGAUUUAACGAAGAUAUUGGUGCCACGAGUCAAACAAUGAUCAAUAAUUAUCAAUAAACGAUUGAAGGUAUACUAGAUACAUUGACGGAUGUUACGAUGUAAUUUAUUUGAACUGUAAAAUAGCAAUAAAAUGAAAUGCUAUUCACAACGCUCGCAUAUCGAUUUCUUCUACUGGUAAUACUGUGUUCAACUUUAAUAAUAAUGCGUCUGAUAAUUGAUACAAAUUUUAUAAACACAUGAAGCAUAAUAUACAAUAAAAUAAGAUUUGGUUAAGCCAAGGGAUAUUUCCAAACGAAAUUUCACGUAACUAUGUAUUAUUAAUUAUAUUAUGUUUAUGUUAAUGUAACCAUUAUAUCAUGGUUAUGUUAUAUGUGUUACGACAUAACAUGAAUAAAGAAAAAUAUGAUUUUCAACAGA